AUGCAUAAUGCAGCUUCUGCGGCUCAGUCAGACGCUGCCAGCUUUGUUCAGCGUGAAGCUGAGCUAAAAACAAUCAAAAGGCGUUUCAGCGAGGCAUUGCAUCAAAAGAGCACUGAGAAAACGGUGUUCACGCGUUUCCGUGAGGAUUUCUCCCACCUUGACACUAGCUCGCCCGUUAAGAAACCGUCCACAAGCAAUACUUGCCUAGAAAUUCCAGCCAGUCACUUUAGAGCCAAGUCUGAAGGUGCUUUGUACCGGCAUGGUGAGGACCAUCGGGAUGUCCCUCGAGCACAAAGGCCUCCUCUGAUACCCGCAGAAAAGACAAAAGCUCACGAGAAGGAAGCGAGUGACAGAUCAAAGAGACGCUCGAACAUGAGCAUUCGUCCAUACAUGAGCAGGCUACCUACAGAGGAGUACAGAAAGCCAGGUUUGGAACGUCAGGAGAGCGCAACGGAUUUAUGGCAGCGCGCCAUUAGGCUUGAAGCUGAAAGCAGACACGGAAGCAGCUUUUUGAACACUUCAAAUCAUGAUCAAAGAAGCCUUUCAUCCAAUAUAUCACUAAAGAGAACAGGCGCCGCUCGAAAUAGCAGCAAUAGCGUCUCCGAUGUGAGACGAGAAACCUCACAGCUGACACCUUCCACAGAUGAACGAUCUUCUCCGAAUAACUCGAAGUGGCUUAUCGAACGUUGGGUUUCCCAAAUGCGACCAAGAUCAGCUCACCCGACAGAGUCAGUUACAAGUGUAGGACUGGUAGAUCCCCCGAGAUCCUGGUCCAAAUUCCCCUCCUUCAAUAGGGAGGAACGAAACAAGAGCAUAACAUCCAAAGACAAGGUACAACCUCGGGACUUUGCUGUCAAGCAUGUCACUUCGGAAGGUCAGAUUCGGUGGGCCACAGAUGCGAGUUCUGGGAGAGAUGGCCAGUGUGCUCAUACGCUACCUCGUUCACUGUCUACAAGAUUCGGUGGAUUGGUCAAAUCUAAGAUGAGCCGAAUCUUGCCAUCGGAGAGUUUGCGACGCCGGGUGAGUCAAGCCUUUAUCACGAGGUCUAUGGGCCCCAGCCCACCUCACAUGGAAUAUCCCGAAAUGGGUAUCCGGCCCUCCGACUCAGGGUAUACUGAAAUCCAGGCGAUGGGCAGAGAGAUCAAUUAUAUGAAGGGUCGGGCACAUCCGCAGACUCUUGAAACAAGAAUCUCAAAGCCUCAUUCUUCCAGAAGCUUAGGAGAUAGAGUAGUUGCACUUAUGCAUGAGACUAUCGGGCAGAGACAUCCAAAAUAUGAUGACCCUCUUCAGUCAUCCGACAUUCCUAUGGUACCAGUUACGCCUAGUUUAUUCAGACAAAGUAUUGCUGCUACUAUGACAGAUGUUUUUGUUACGCCCAAGAGCCGACUUUCGAACGAUGAUGAGAGUGACGAAGAAAAGGGCGAGGCAGGAGGAGGUUCCACCAAGGCGAGAGAACAGGAGACCUGCUCGAUGAUGCUUGAGAAUGACGGAUCAUCGCCAAACCUAGCAUACGCAGCCUUCAUCACAAAACUUGACGAUGCAACUCAUUCUUGA